GACAUGAGGCGAGCGCGGAAGGGGGCGUGUGCCGCGCGCGACGCAGCUCGCCGCGGUUCCUUCCGACGCCGCGGUUUCUCCGCCCUUCCCCUCGGUUCCCGUGUCGUGGAACCGCGUUUCACGUCGGCCACUAUCGGACCGUCUCUGGCGCGGAACGACAGCACUUGUGACGGCGGUGGCUCGAUGCAAACGGGCGUUGUUUAGCGGAACCGUUUUCUCGGAGGCCGUUGGACCAGCUGCCGCGCGAUUCGAGGCUGUUUGUAGCAGCAGUCGACGACGAGGGAAGCAACGGCAAGCUGCGAGUGAAGCACGUGGCCCAGCUGCUUGUUGAAGACGCCGGAGUUGGAGGGAUUCCGCGCGGACGCGAGGCGGGUCAGAAGAAACAAUGCGAUCGCUUAUUGAUUUUUCGACAAUCGCAGAUGUGGGCUCCUCAACAGCGCUCCAAAGUCGUCGGUGAAGCGCACUUCCAGGCUACUCCAAUGAAGAAUGCUGCAUAGGACGCCGCUGACACGAAGCAGACAUGUGGAGCCGAAGGACGAGCGUCAUUUGCGGUGUGGCGUCACUGCUGCUGGGUACUUUCUCUGUUGUGGUUCUGAUCGAGCUGGACGACGCCUACCGAGAGCUGCUCAGUCAUGAGUUGGCCCUGCGAGAAGGGUCCCGGAUCUUCCGCUCCUGGAAGGACGUGGGAUCGAGCUUCGACACCUCGGCGAGGUUCUACUUCUUCAAUGUCACAAACUCCGGCCAGAUCGCCAAGGGCGAGAAGCCUCAGCUACAAGAGCUCGGACCUUACGUUUACCGCGUGGUCUGGGUGAAGGACAACAUCACCUUCCACGAGAACGACACCGUGUCCUUCAUGCAGAAGCUCAUCUUCCACUUCGACGCAGAGCAGUCAGCGGGCUCCGAAAACGACACCGUCACGACCGUGAAUGUGCCUUACGCGGCCGCUUCUCCUAUGGUGGAGAAGCAGAGCGCCCUCACCCGCUUCUUCACCAAGGGGAUGCUCUCUGCCAUGGGGCAGUCGCUCUGGAUCACGAAGACUGUGCGCGAGCUCAGCUUCAAGGGCUACCCCAGCGCGCUGAUGAUUCUGGCCGAGGCGUCGAAAGGCGGCAAGUCGGGGCGGACUGGCCAGCAGCCCAAGAUGGCUGACAAUGUCCGCAAGGGUCACCGCACCAUCGCGGACGAGGCCAAGAGUCAGCCGGAGAGCAAAGUCGGCAAGUUCGCCUAUUUUGCCGAGAAAAACGACACCUUCCACGGCGUGCUGUCGAUGUUCACAGGGGUAGGCAACAUCUCGCGGAUCAACCAAGUCGAUCUCGUAAACGGCAAAACGCGCUUCGAUAUGUGGGGCGGUGACGAAUGCAACCUUAUCCGAGGAACCUUCGGCAACGUUCGGCCUCCCAUGGCGACUACAGACGAGCAGAGGGUGUUCAUUCCCGACAUUAAGAGGUCCGUGCUGCUACGCUACGUGCACGACAGCAAGGUGGGCAGCGUCCACACGCGACGGUUCGCUGUGACGCCCGAAGUGUUCGCCAGCGGAAAAACGCGGCCCGAAAACGCCUGCUACAACAAAAGGACGCUGCCGGACGGUGCCGCCGACAUGGGACCCGUCGCCAAAGGUGCUCCCGUCGCGGUCUCACUACCUCACUUUCUCUACGGCAACCAGUCGGAAUUCGGCGUCGAGGGCCUCACACCCGACGAAGACAAGCACCUGCUCUACGUUGACAGCGAACCCACCAGCGGCGUGUCCGUGUCCGCCAGGGCUCGUAUGCAGAUGAACGUCAUCCUUGACGGGAUUCCCGGUACUGGUACGCACUCUGGAGAACAUCGUAUUGUCCCGCUUUUUUGGCAAGAAAUGCGCGCAGACGCCAAACCCCACAUCAUGAGCAUGGUUCGCUUGGCCGCCCUGAUGCCCACCGUCAUCCGCUGCACCGCCAUCUUUGUCCUGAUCGCGUCGUCCAUCGUUCUCGUCAUAUCCAGCUACUUCUUAGUCAAGGCCCGCCAUUCCCGCCGACGCGUGGUCUCGGACCCGAACAGUAAAGUCGUUCCGGACAAAAUGGCCGUCUACAUCAACGGUACCGGCUACAUGGGUGCCAAGGGCAACGGCGACUCGCAUCGAAACGGCAGCCAUGCCAUGGCCAACGGAAUCCCGGAGGCUGAUGCCCUGCUACAACAGUCGGUGGUCUAGUCACCUGUAGUGAUACUCCCCUCAAAAGUGCCUACUGACUUUUCAAGCUUCGCCCGUGGGUGUCGCAGUGACGGUGUCAUGAUUCGUCAGUGUCAUAAGGAACAAUUCUGGCGUUGGCCGUAUGAUGCAUCGGGGACUAUAAGGUGCAUCGUGUACCCAAGGAACUCGAAGCGUGAGCCUCGGGGUUCCGCUUCAGCAAGCCUCUCAGAUUAUCGUCUGCCAGACUCGGGAGCAGGAGGACUGUGCCACGUUCCUCAGCCUCGCACGAGCCUUAUGAGCGUUCAUAGUUUGCAGGAUUCUUCUGCUUGUUUGUUUUCGGGCGCUUGUCGUGCUUGGAUUUUUGUUGUAGAAUGUUGUUGUUGUUUCAUAUAUUGCCCUGCGUCAACUUUCUCCAAAGAACUGUUCUCAAAAUAGUGCCGUGAAACUUUUUCUGGGGACCUUGUCCCAGGACAUGUUAGGACCGAAACUAUUUCAAGACCUUGUCCCCCGACAUUUCAGGAUCCCAGCGCUCUGUCCCAGGACCUAUGACCUUGAGGCAGAUUUUUCGCAGCACCGCCCUGUUUCAGCCCUCUCGUUCGGGUCCCUAUUUCAAGACCCUACCUCAGGAUUUCGUCUCAGACUUCAGUUGUUUUUUUUUAAACAAUGUUUCCCGAAUGUACUGUCGGCCGUUAUUCAAUGAUGUUGUCCUGGCUGGUGCUUGAUAUCAGCCAGGUCAGCCAGAAGCUUGCGUUAGAAUGGUUUCGUUGGUCGAUCAGAACCGUACGUGUGCCUUAUAUAUAAUGCCGGUGCUAGCAAAUUUCGUAUGUCGUCAUAUAGAACUUCGCGGUCAUGUUCAUUGGGGGACACUAAGAUUCCAGCGGUUAGUCCAACAGGCGUAAAAAUGGGCAGUCAUGGGACAUGCUGCUGCCGCAUGACAGUCUGCGUUUCAGUAGACGGCUAUACAUACGUUUGCAAGGACAGUGUCUGGGUGCCGCCAUCUUGCUGCCGGCCUUAUAGUCAAGUCCUGCUAAGGCGUGCCCAGGGUUGCCAGACUACCGCCCAUACAGAAUAUUUCCAUUCACGGUUGGCGGACACGCUUUUCUGAUGCAUGGCAUGCUUACAAGCAUCUGCACUUCGAUGCAUCAUACCAUGUACCGCAACGACUAGUCCCUCCAUGGCCCGUAACGCGUCAUGUGACCUUCCGGCUGGGUGGAGUGACGCCCUGAGCGUUACGUCACGUGGCAGGCGCGAAGCGCUAGAUAGGCUAACAUGACUGGUGACCUCCGUUGCGGUGCAUCGCAAGUUAAAGAAUAAUGAUUUUAAAUAAUUAGACACGAGUAAUUUGCUUGUUUUUGUCGUCUGUGUUAUCUCUAUUUAUUCCACGGGGCAUUAUGCGACCUGAGGUAUUUACUCCUCUUUGUUUGUUAGUUAAUGUGUAAUAUGAUUAAUCGUUUUUUUUUCCCUAGCGGUUCAUUGUGUUUGGGCAUUAUUUUAUAUUGUCCGGAAGGUACUGUUGCCGGUGAUAAUGGUUUACCCAGACGUUAUUUUGUUAUUGUUGUUGGAGCGGUCUCCGCAUGUGCGUAUGACAGUGCCUUAUGUUUGCAGCUUGCUUGGAUGUCAGCAGCACAGUUCAUUGUUUUGUUUCUCCGAGCGUUCCCUCGGACAGUCACUUGCCUAUGACGGCGAUUCGUGUCUUCUCGCGCUGGACGUGUCGAGGCGACACGAACUUUCAUUAUAAAAGUAACUCGCACGUCCAUGCGUAACAGGUGCAGUGUGUUGUAGGCAAAUUAGAUUAAUCACUCAUGUUCAAAACUGUUUACGGUCGUUUUCUUGCUCUGUCGUUUUGUGUGUGUGUGUGUGUGUGUGUGUUAGAACUGCGUGUAUGGGUAUAAGACUAUACCUUUUGUUACUCGGGUGCUCUAACCGCCAUUGAGCAAACGACAGUUGACUCAAGUGCGAUCGGCCAGAGGUACACGGGGAUGCCAACUGUUGUUGGGUCGCGAAGAAGGGUUUACGUGACUUUUUGCAGCCACACGCCGACAGAAAACAUAGAAGUGAAUAACUAGAAACAAAAUGCCGCGCUAGCACUGUCAAAUGCCAUGAGCUCGUGACGGGAGAUGCUCUUCACGGGAACCAGAACGAAAAAAGGAACGAAAAAUAAAUUUGUAUUGCAAACAAA